GCCAAGAUGAGCUGUGCUCAGGCUGAACCAGAGGAGAGGCCUGCUAAUGCUAACAGUGCUAAUGCUAGCCCCACUGCAAAUGCAAAUCUCAACUCUACCCCCAACCCUAGUGUUGGUGGCAGCCCUAAUCCCAACACUAGUGCAACCUCAAACCUCAGCACUAAUGCUAACACUAAUGUCAGUGCUAAUGUCAGCGCUGCCACCAAUGCUAGUGAUGAACUGGAAUGCAAGAUCUGCUACCAGCGCUACAACAUCCACAAUCGCAAGCCCAAGAUCCUGGACUGCUUGCACCGUGUAUGUGCCCGAUGCCUUAACAAGAUUCUGGACAUGGGGGACGGUUCUGGAUGCAUCUGCUGUCCCUUCUGCCGCCACGAGACCCAAGUCAGCGAGUAUGAGGUGUCUGGACUCCCGGACGACUCAAACAUCAUGUCAUGCCUGGUGGUUCGGGAUAAGUCCUGGAGUUCCGACCACAGCAAAGAGGUAGUACUAACGCCCAAGAGCCUGUCCUCUAGCGACAGCCCAUCCCAUGACUCCUCCAACUGCCUGGUUAUCACAAUCAUGGAGGUCCAACGGGACGCACAGCGUUCACCCAGCCGCAACGGUAGCUCUGAUUACUAUGGAGACCACAGUCUGGACUCUGUAUCUGUAGCGUCAAACAGUGGGGCCAUGGACCAGGAUGCCUUGUCAAAGUUCUGCAAUCACGUACCCCGAAUCCUUGUGUGGCUUCUGGGGUUCUUCUAUUUUGGCUCCUUGCCCUUGGGCAUCUACUUGCUGGUGAUCCAGAGAGUGACGCUGGGCAUUGUGUGUGUUAGCCUUGUGCCCUCCAGUCUCACUGUCUGUCUUGUAUAUGGCUUCUGCCAGUGCCUGUGCCAGGGCAUGUGCGAUUGCUCCAGCAGAAGCUGACUGGACACGACACAACUCGACAGUGCAAAUGAGGAGGUGGUGACAGACAAGCAAUGACACAAAUGACACUUUCUCGAACACGCUGAGGGCUAUUAUGCUAAGCUAUCUGGUUCAGAACUGUCUCUCUCCCCAACAGACAAAAUGUAACGUCUGCCAUCUAACAUUGUUAGAAUGCCUAACAGUGAAACGUCAGUUGAUGAAGAGGAAGAUUGCCUAGUGCAGAUGCCUGUUAGUAGCAAAUGAAAGCCUCAAACCAUGGUUAGCAAUGUUCAACAUUCCGUAGUUGGCAGCUGGCUUCUAGAAUGCCCUGUAGAAGAACUGAGGAGCCAACUGAAUCAAUGUCCACUCUGGAGAAAAAAACUC